AUGGAUAUGUGGAGGAAUGUUUCAAAACAUAUACAAUGUAAAGCUCAUGUUGGUAUUGCUUGUAAUUGUUGUGAUAAAAAAGAAUGGAAAAGAGCAAGGUAUAACUGUUCGAUAUCACAGCUAGCCUUAUCAAUGCUUCCAACAACGGAAAAAGAGAUGUGGAAAUUCCUACGCGAGGAGGAAAAACGAAAGCUAUCACAACAACAAUAUUACAAAGUUGGAAGCGAUCCCACAUCUGGCAAGGACUAG